AUGUCCCUCCAAGAACUACCCCCAAUUUUUCCUCUGUUGGUUAUCUGUUUAUUAAAGGAAUGUUUCUGCAUUUGUGAUGGGACUAUCUGGGCCAAGGUUGGAUGGGAGAUUUUUCCAGAAGAAAUGCAUUAUCUGAAAGCUAAGCCUCCUCCAUCUCGCUGUCUACCUUACCCUAUAAACAAACUAUGUUGCAAUUUUGCUAAUAUGGACAUAUUUCAGGGUUUUUUAUAUCUCAUGUAUAUUUUAGGACAAGCUGUCUUUUUAAUUCUGGCUGCUCUAUCUGUGCAUUACCUGUGGAUGAAAUGGAAGAAACACAAGAGAAAGCUGAAAAAACAAGCCUCCUUAGAUACAGCUGGUAAUGAACUUGAAAGCCAGUCCAUCAGCGACGUCGACCGGUUACUCUGCAAACUCUUGGCCACAACAUCAAUGAUGACCGCGUACCUGAAUCAGACAUCUCGCCAUCCUACAGCGAAGAAACUCAGGCACCGAAAACUACAGAGGAAGAACAGACAAGGAGCGAGAGGACGCCACAGACAUCCACCUAUGAACGUAGCGCAAGCCAGUGUGGAGGCUACACAGGAAGUCUAUUGA